GUCCAGUCGGCUGGAACCUCGUGGAGGCUGAGAUUGCCUCACCUGUGGUAUCAUACAUCAUAACAUGGGGCUCACCAAGCAGUAUCUACGCUAUGUUGCUAGUGCGGUCUUUGGCCUGAUUGGCAGCCAAAAAGGUAAUAUUGUCUUUGUGACACUUCGUGGUGAGAAAGGACGCUAUGUGGCAGUACCAGCCUGUGAACAUGUUUUCAUCUGGGACUUGAGGAAAGGAGAGAAGAUCCUCAUCCUUCAGGGGCUUAAACAAGAAGUCACUUGCUUGUGCCCCUCCCCAGAUGGGCUGCACUUAGCUGUUGGUUAUGAGGAUGGGUCUAUCCGAAUCUUCAGUCUCCUGAGUGGGGAAGGAAAUGUGACCUUCAAUGGACACAAAGCAGCUGUCACUACCUUGAAGUAUGAUCAGCUAGGAGGCAGACUGGCAUCAGGGUCCAAGGACACAGAUAUUAUUGUGUGGGAUGUGAUCAAUGAAAGUGGCCUCUACCGUCUGAAGGGGCACAAGGAUGCCAUCACACAAGCAUUGUUUCUACGAGAAAAGAAUCUGCUAGUUACUAGUGGGAAAGAUACCGUGGUGAAAUGGUGGGACCUUGAUACCCAGCACUGCUUCAAAACAAUGGUUGGCCACCGAACUGAGGUAUGGGGAUUGGUUCUGGUGUCAGAAGAAAAGCGACUCAUCACUGGGGCCUCAGACAGUGAACUGAGGGCUUGGGACAUAACCUAUCUGCAAGAGAUUGAGGACUUGGAGGAACCAGAGCCCAAGAAAAUCAAAGGAUCUUCUCCUGGAAUACAGGCCACUCUUGAAGCAGAGGAUGGGACCCUUGAAAUGGAUGAAGCUCCCGAGGAUCGUAUCCUUUCAUGCAGAAAAGCUGGUUCCAUAAUACGAGAAGGAAGAGACAGAGUUGUGAACCUCGCAAUUGACAAGACAGGCAGGAUUCUUGCUUGCCAUGGAACUGAUUCUGUACUAGAAGUGUUUUAUAUCCUUUCCAAAGAGGAAAUUCAGAAGAAAAUGGAUAAGAAGAUGAAGAAAGCUAGAAAGAAAGCAAAGCUAACUUCUGGCAAAGGGGAAGAGGAAGACCUUGAAAUCAAUGUUGAAAUGACUCUGAAAGAUGAAAUCCAAAGGGUGGCUAAUAUUAAAACUUCUGCCAAAAUCAAAUCCUUUGACCUGAUUCAUUCACCCCAAGGAGAGUUAAAGGCUGUCUUCCUGCUGCAAAACAACCUGGUGGAAUUGUAUUCAUUAAAUCCAUUCUUGCCUACUCCUCAGCCUGUCAGGACAAGCAGAAUCACCAUCGGGGGUCAUCGCAGUGAUGUACGGACUUUGUCAUUCAGCUCAGACAAUAUUGCUGUCCUUUCAGCCGCAGCUGAUUCCAUUAAGAUAUGGAACAGGUCUACACUGCAGUGUAUUCGCACGAUGACCUGUGUUCCUCUUCCCAUCAACCCCAUCCUGAUGGCUUAUGGCAAUAUCUCAGAUGGAGCACUAAUAGCAACUGGGUCUGCUGACAGAAAUGUGAAAAUCUGGGGUUUGGACUUUGGGGACUGCCACAAGUCUCUCUUUGCACAUGAUGACAGUGUGAUGUACCUACAGUUUGUACCCAAGUCUCACCUCUUUUUCACUGCUGGGAAAGACCGUAAGAUUAAGCAAUGGGAUGCGGACAAAUUUGAACACAUACAGACUCUGGAGGGGCACCACCAGGAAAUAUGGUGUUUGGCUGUAAGCCCCAAUGGAGACUAUAUCGUAUCAUCGUCCCAUGACAAAUCUCUGAGACUUUGGGAGAGAACAAGGGAACCUCUUAUACUUGAGGAAGAAAGGGAGAUGCAAAGGGAAGCAGAAUAUGAGGAGAGUGUGUCCAAAGAAGACCAACCAGCAGUUCCAGGGGAGACUCAAGGUGACAAUUACUUUACUGGAAAGAAAACUAUUCGUGGCUUUGUGACAGGUGGUGCAGAUAAAUCUGUCAAGUUCUGGGAUUUUGAGUUGGUGAAAGAUGAAAAUAGUACCCAAAAGAGACUUUCUGUGAAGCAUACUCGAACCUUGCAACUAGAUGAAGAUGUUCUGUGUGUCAGUUACUCUCCCAAUCAAAAGCUGUUGGCUGUGUCUUUGCUGGACUGUACUGUGAAGAUUUUCUAUGUCGACACUUUAAAGAUCAGUGAGCUGGAAGAAUCUCUACUCGUGCUGCCUUUUUCCUAUGUCCCAGACAUUCUUAAACUCUUUAACGAAUUCAUUCAGCUGGGCUCAGAUGUUGAACUUCUAUGCAGGUGCCUCUUCUUUCUCCUCAGGUAA